GAGUAUUAUUUGAUUUUGAUGGUGAGAGGAUCUCCAUAGAUAUCCUUGGUUUCGCCAUCUAUACGCCACGUUCCUAGCCACCUUGGGACUUGGGCAUUCUACGAACAUGGUAUCUGGUUAUCGCUAUUAAGGACGAUCGGAUCGUCGACCGAAGCUCGUCAAAAUCAUGGAGCCCGACCAACCUUCUAACUAUGCUGGAAGGUCUUUUCCAGACCUGAUGAACGACCCAUCUUACGCUACAAAUUACAAAGGAAAGGAGAGGGACAUGGAGGACCCUGAUACUUGUCGGAUAUGUCGAGGCGAGGGUACAGAAGAAGAACAGUUGUUCUACCCUUGCAAGUGUAGUGGCAGUAUCAAAUUUGUGCACCAGGCUUGUUUGGUAGAGUGGCUAUCGCACUCGCAGAAGAAGCACUGUGAGCUGUGCAAAACGCCGUUUCGCUUUACGAAGCUAUAUGACCCGAACAUGCCACGAGAUUUGCCAACGCCCCUAUUCCUAAAGCAACUGUUGGUUCAUAGCUUUCGUACUGUUGUGACAUGGCUGCGGUUUGUUCUCGUUGCGUUCGUCUGGCUUGGAUGGUUACCUUGGUCUAUGAGGGCAAUCUGGAGAGCACUAUUCUGGCUUGCGGAUGGCCGAUGGUCGGGCGCGGAUAAUGCUCCACAAGGACCAGUUCAGCAACGUCUUUCUCAAGUAAAUGCAAAUGGCACUGCUUCGCUUAGUGCUGCAGGUGCUGCCACAAAUUCUGCUAUGGCUUCUAUGCUUCACGCGAGUACGGCUGAUAUGCAGCCCAUCCCGUCGCCAGCAUCAUCAAUGUUCAGCUUCUCGGCAGGUGAACCGCUACUCCUCACGCUUGUAAAGAAGGCGUUUUCCACCCUUUUCUUUCCUACGAUAUCUUCAAGCUCUAGCUCGACAACUGGAAAGGCUUCAAACAUAACUGUAGGGUUUUACAAGCAGCGACGUCCCUCAUGGCUUUCCGAUGUUAAAUUUUUGAAUACAUUGACACCGUCUCCCACAAUAAAUAACAUUGUCAUCGACACACUAGAAGGCCAAUUGAUUACGUUACUCGUCGUCAUCUCGUUCAUCCUAAUAUUCCUUAUUCGGGAAUGGGUUGUGCAGCAACAACCGAUGGCCAAUAUUGCGGACGGAGAACGAGAAGCAGCUGUUCAGCUAAUAGCCAAUAAUCGUCCAAAUCAAGUCAACGACAACCUCGAUAUUGGGGAACAUGCACCUCUACAUCCAGGGGAAGAACAACAAGGUUCGGUGGCUGGUGAACAUGAUGACCAUUUCGAUCAUGAUGACGAUGGCUUUUCUGAUUCUUUAGCGGAGAUGGACUCGCCUACCAGGCACAUCUCAGUUGAGGACCACAAUUUGUCCCUCCUGGAUGUUAUGCACGUUGAUGGUCCUGGUAGGUCGGCCUUUUUGCAUCGCAACCCUGAGAGUGAUAAUGAAUCAAACAACGAUUUUACAACGGAAUCAGCAUCUCAGAUCAAUCAGGUUUGGCCUGGCGUGGAGACAUUCAGAGACCUCUGGUCACGUGGCCACGGUGACCCUGAACAAGUUUUAAGGAUUAUACGUGAAGAAGGCCGUCAGGACGAGCUCAGCUGGGUUGUCACGGCGAUGAUGAAGCUUCAGCGAAGCGAUAGUCCUACAGCAUCCUGGACACGUAACCAAAGCUCUCCAGAUCCCUCGAGUUCCGUUCCGCGUGCACAUGAAAACGAGCCCGCAGGUCAUAACAUAGAUCCUUAUGCCGGACCGUCACUGUCAAGUUCUCAUUUGAAUACCGAAUCGCCAACACCUGUCGGUCAGCCUUGGGAUAUUGCAAGCCCGCACUUUGGAAACGAUGUUCCCCUGGAUCAAUCCCAAAAUGCCUUUGCUUUCAAUUUUUCUCACUCAGGACUUAGAACUGAAGACAAUCGAGAGCGGCAGGCAGAUGCUCAUGACUCUGCCAAUGAUGGUGUUGAAGUUCCUCAGGGUAUCAUCUCUCAAGAUCAAUCAAACACAAACAAUACUGCCAAUCAGGAUGCCGAACCAGUCGAGAACAUACCUACCUCGCCACAGACGGACCACGAUACGGUUGUACCUCGCAAAAACCUGGCUACUAGACUCUUUGACUGGUUUUGGGCCGAUGUCACUCCUGUUGAUCAGGCCCAGGAGCCUCCGCCGCCGGACGAGGAACGCAUAGUCGAAGACCCUGCAAUGGAAGAGCCAUUUGUGCCCUUACAGAAUAAUCGACGCCCCGCCAACGCUGGUGCGCAGGAAAAUCAAGGAAUAUUUGCGGAUGCCGGACUUGACGGGAACGAUGUUGAUGCUGUCGAGGAUGGUGAUGAUCUAGAGGGGAUUCUAGAACUUAUUGGUAUGCAAGGCCCAAUUUUCGGCCUUUUGCAGAAUGGCGUGUUCAGUGCGCUUCUCAUAUCUUUCACGGUUUCCAUCGGAAUCUGGCUGCCUUAUCUUUGGGGUAAAAUCGCUCUUGUCCUUCUGGCCAACCCUAUACAGCUGGUAUUUGGCGUCCCGAUGACGGCGAUAUCAGUCUUUGCGGACGUUACACUUGACACUCUUAUUGGCAUCUUAGGAUAUACCAUGUAUGGGGUCAGUCUUAUAUUCAAACUGUUGAGUCCUCUUAGUGCUCUGCUUCCUCUGGGUGACUGGGUCCCGCAUACGAAAUCUAUCACCAGCGCUUCACUUUCACUCAUCGACGCCAGCAGCCAUCGGCUAGGAAACGUGAUUAGUUCCUUUUUUGUGUUCCACGAAUCGGAUGUUCCCGUGUUCUCGGUCCUUUCCCAUCAAGCAUUGAAGAUCCACCAGGAACGUAUCAAUACUCUGCUUCGGUUGUGCAUUGGGAUAAGCAAAUUUGUGUUGUACGACUUCCCUCUCCGCUUGCUUGCAAUUGGAGUACCUGAUAUCCAGUCGCUUAAGCAUAGCAUCGUCGGUCUUAUUAGCUGGCUGACCCAAGCACGUGGCUAUCUUCAUGAAUUUGGAACCCAGGUACUCUUCUCAAGCAAUGCGAAAUGGUUUAAUGCAAGCGCGACAGAAUUGAAUUCAGGUGCCAUGACUGUCGAUUACGAAUUGGUUGUGUGGGACACAAAGGAUCGUGUAAUUGCGAUCAUAAUGGGCUAUCUCUUAGCGUCGACUUUGGGUCUCCUGUACCUCCGUAUCACUGGCCUGGUGUCUGGUGCUGACCGGGGGCAGAGGGUCGAAGGCAUAGUUGCCGACGUACUGCAUCAAGCUGGUGGAGUUAUGAAGGUCAUCCUGAUCAUCGGGAUUGAAAUGAUCAUUUUUCCUUUAUACUGUGGUACGCUACUUGAUGUUGCCUUGUUGCCUCUAUUCGAGAAUGCUACUAUUGCGUCGCGCGUCGAAUUCACAGCAUCAUCUCCGCUCACCUCUUUAUUCGUGCACUGGUUCAUUGGCACUUGUUAUAUGUUCCACUUUGCUCUUUUUGUCUCUAUGUGCAGGAAAAUCAUGAGAAACGGUGUUCUUUAUUUCAUCCGCGAUCCCGAUGAUCCGACCUUCCAUCCCGUGCGCGAUGUUCUGGAGCGCAAUGUUACUACGCAGCUACGCAAAAUCGCAUUUAGUGCUCUUGUAUAUGGCGCUCUCGUCAUCGUCUGUCUCGGUGGUGUCGUCUGGGGUCUGUACUACGCCUUUGAUGAUGUUCUCCCUAUUCAUUGGUCCGCCACAAUGCCAGUUCUUGAAUUCCCCGUUGACCUCUUGUUCUACAACUUCCUUCUGCCGCUCGUGAUACGAUCUAUUAAGCCUUCAGACGGAUUGCACGGUCUCUACGAUUGGUGGUUCCAUAAGUGCGCACGCUUUUUGCGCCUGACCAACUUCUUUUUCGGCGAGAGGCAGUUAGAUGAGGAAGGUCACCAUAUACGGCGGACUUGGUGGGCUACGCUAUCACAGGCAAAGGGAGACAUUGAUAACCCUGUGACUGAUAAAGAACAGCGACAUGCCACUAAUGACAAGCGUGCUGACGCUUACUUCAUUCGGGAUGGCAAAUUUGUCCGUGCUCCUGCAUCUGAUCAGGUUCGUAUUCCUAAGGGUAAUACUGUGUUCUUGCAAGUGUCCGAAUCAAAUGAGAGGGUUGAUGGAGCUCCCGACACGAAUGACGGAUUACAUGGCCGCACGAAUCCCAUGUUUACGAAAGUUUACAUCCCUCCCUUCUUUCGCACGAGGAUUGCCGCGUUCAUUUUCUUAAUUUGGGUGUUCGCAGCCGCUACUGGCGUAGGCGUCACAGUUAUUCCAUUGGUCGCCGGCCGGAAGAUGAUGUCGUUGCACUUCCCCAACCGACCGGUGAAUGACAUCUAUGCUUUCUCAUCAGGCAUCUGCAUAGUUGGAGGUGCUGCCUAUCUGGCGCUGUAUUGUCACAGCAGCUUUUCAGUGGUGAAAAACUGUUUGAGGCCAUACCUCCAGUCCCCUUAUCAGGCUUGUCUCGGAUUGAUCAGCGUUGUAUCCAAUAGCCUUCGCCUCAUAUACAUUGCUUUAGCCUUCUCGGUAUUUCUCCCCUCAAUUUUUGCUCUGGUGAUGGAGCUUUACGUGUUGGUUCCAGUGCAUACGUACCUGGACGGCGCACAGACACACGUCAUUCAUUUUGUGCAAGAUUGGACCAUUGGAGUACUCUAUGUUCAAAUGGCAAUCAAGUUUGUCCUGUGGAACUCCACGUCUCGCCCAGCAGCAGCCCUUGAUGGCGUGUUCCGCGAUGGUUGGCUGAAGCCGAAUGUCAAACUUGCCACGCGAGCUUUAUUGCUUCCCGUCAUAGUCCUUACAAUAAUUGCAGUUGCCUUGCCGUUAUCCGGUGGAUUCCUGGUAAACUCAACUGUAUUUUAUUCCACUCCCGAGGUCCACUUCAAGGUCUACCGUUACGCAUAUCCUCUCACGAUGUCUUUGAGUCUGCUGCUUUGGCUUGCUUUUCUCGUACAUCGACAAGUGGAAAGGUGGAGAGUCAACAUUCGUGAUGAUGUGUAUUUGAUUGGAGAACGACUGCAUAACUUUCGCGAGAAGCGCGCCAAAGAUGUCGGUGUGCCCCGACGAGUGAUCACGGGUUGAUGUAUAUUCGCUCCAGUUUCAGAAUCUUUAGAUAGGAAACGAUCAUAGUUCUUUUGAAUUGUGUAUAUGCUAUGAUUAAAUGAAUAGACACAUUUUUCCUCUUUCA